AGACAUUGGUUACGUGCCUCCCAAAGCUCCGUAUGACCCUCGGUGGCUAAUCACCGGAAAAUUGGAAAAUGAGAACGAUCCCGAUAGUUGGAUCAGUGGAUUCUUUGAUCGUGGUUCUUUUGUUGAAACAUUAGCCGGAUGGGCAAGGACAGUGACGCGUACCGUAGAACACGUAGUUCCUGCGGAUCCAGCAAAUGCCGAAUCUCAACAAGAAGUUAUGAUGGAAGCAGGGCUGGUUUGGUAUCCAAACUCCGCCUACAAAACUGCACAGGCAAUUAACGACUUUAACAAGGGUGAACAAUUACCACUGAUGAUUUUUGCAAAUUGGCGCGGAUUCUCCGGAGGGCAACGCGAUAUGUUCCUCGAGAUACUGAAAUAUGGCUCAUACAUAGUUGAUGCGCUGACAAACUAUAAGCAGCCCGUAUUUGUUUAUAUAGUACCGAACGGAGAACUUCGGGGAGGAGCAUGGGUUGUGAUAGAUCCAUCGAUUAACAAAGAUAUGAUGGAAAUGUAUGCAGACACGAAAUCUAGGGCAGGUGUUUUGGAGUCUGAAGGAGUGGUCGAGAUAAAGUACCGUAGAUCUCGGAUAAUUGAGACAAUGGAACGCCUUGACGAGACUUAUCGCAAUCUUAAGAAGUCUUUGGAUGAUCCAACAAUUUCCGAAACGCAGAAAAUAGAAAUUAAAUUGCAUCUAGAAGCGCGCGAACAGGAGUUGCUUCCCGUCUACUCACAGAUUGCCCUACAAUUCGCAGACCUACACGACACCCCCGGAAGGAUGAAGGCAAAGGACACGAUACGUAACAUAUUAGAGUGGAAAGAUGCUAGGAGGUACUUUUACUGGCGUGUGAGAAGACGUCUGCACGAAGAAUAUAUAUUUAGAAAGAUGCGCGAAGCCGAUUCUAAUCUCACGAGAGUCCAAAUGAAAAAUUUACUCGUUGAAUGGUUCCACGGUGACGUGGGAUCAAAUUAUGAUUGGGAAGAAUCAGAUAUGGAAAUUGUGAAAUGGUUUGAUGAAAUACUUAAUGUUGCCAAGCCGAAUGACAUCAAAAACAAUGAAAGUGCUAAUGUUUCGGAAUCCUCCAAGAUUCCUUUGUCAAUCAAAUCGAGAAUCGAAAAGAUAAGAAAUGAGGCAAUAACUCGAUGUAUCGUGGAUAUGGGUAAGAAAAAUCCGGACGCAGUCUUUGCAGGAAUAUCGGAGCUCAUUAAGGAUUUGGACGAUGAUGAGAGAAAUAAUUUAUUGAAGAAAUUAUCCGAAAACAUAAUAUAA